AUGCCCAUACAGUUUCAAACACAGCAUAGCACAAACGAUUUGGAGGAGCAACUUGCUUUAGGUUAUGUACAAGUGGAAGAAAAUCCUGUAAACAAUUCAGAGGAGCAAAUGGAAAUUGAAAAGGUUAUGGAGGAGACAAGGAGGAAGGAAAUUGAAAUGUUUAGGAAGAAGAAAAAUAAAGAGAAGGACACUUCUUUGAAGAGAAAAGCUACAGCGAUGGAUAAUGAGGAGGACAGUGAUGAUGAUCAUUUGGAAGAAUAUGGUGAUAUCCUUGCUAGGCUUGAGGAGAUGAAAAGACAGAGGGAAGAUCCAAUCCUUCAUUUUGAAGGGGACACAAAUGUUGAGGAAAUGUAUGAGAUAGAGGAGGAGGAGGAUGCACUAUAUGAGCCUGAAAGUAAAGAAGAGGAUGCAGAGGAGGAAGAGGAGGAGGAAGUGGAGGAAGAGGAACAAGAGGAGCAGGUAGGGCAAGAUGGACAUAAGAAGAAAAGGAAGAAGAAACACAUACAAUGCCCAACAAGCAGAUCACAUGCAAGUGUAGAGGAGUUGUUUGAGGAGGACUGGAUACCAUCAUCUGAUGAAGACAGGAAACCAAUGGACUUGGGUGUGGAAGAUGAUGAUGGUGCAGAGGCAUUGGCAUAUGUUUUGUCCAAUGGCAGGAAAAGCAGAGCUAAGAAGAUGAAGAAAAGGAUAAGGUAUGAUGAGGAGAGAGCUCACCCAAAUGAGCAAUUUGUGAAGCACCUUUGCUUCAUUGAUGUGUACCAGUUCAGAAAUGCACUUCAAACAAUGCACAUUGCACAGAACAAGAACUAUGAGUACCAUAGAAAUUGCAGUGACAGGGUUAUAGCACAAUGCAUAGAUGAGACAUGCCCUUUUUAUGUAGCAGCUUCUCAGAUUGCAAAUGAGAAGACAUUUACCAUAAGGAAGCAGUAUUUGGUGCACACUUUCCCUUCUGUGUCAGAGAACACCAAAGUUAUUGCUAAGUGGGUUGCAAAAUUUUGUGAGGAAGCAAUCAGAAAUGACCCAUGCACAACAAUCACUACUAUAAUUAACACUGCAAAGAGCAAGUAUGGAGUGGAAAUAUCAACCCACAUGGCAUACACGGCUAAGAAGGCAGCAAAGAAUGUUGUGUUAGGAGAUCAGAAGGCCGAGUACACCAGGAUUAGGGAUUAUUUGCAGGCUGUGCUAGAUACUAAUCCAGGUCUGGAUGAAUGCUUCAUAAAGCUCACUACUGGUCAACAGAUCCUUGCUGCUACUGGAAGAGAUGGGAACAAUAAUAUAUUUCCCAUUGCUUUUGGAAUUGUUGAUAAGGAGGACACAGAUUCCUGGACUUGGUUUCUGUAUCAGCUGAGGGUAGCACUAUGUGGCCAAUCUGGGAAGGUGUAG